GACGGACGAGUCCGGCGGAGGAAGGAAGAGGAGCUCCAGAGGAGCGGAGGGAGCCCAGCCGAGGAGCCCUGCCCGGUCCAGGGCGCAGCUCCCGCGGGAGACGGCGGGGAAAGGCGCGGAGGCUGCGGGGCUGCGGAAGGGCCGCCCCAGAGGAGAUGAUCCGGAGCCAGGAGGGACCCCGUGAGAGGAGGAUGCCCGGAAAGAGAGGUGGGAAGGAGGAAAAGGUCAACAUCCCCGGAGAAGCCAAGACGUGCCUGGAGUGCGGAGAAUCCUUCAGAACAAACGAAAGUCUCCAACGUCAUGAAAGAAUCCAUUCCGGAGAGAAACCAUAUAAAUGCUUGGAGUGCGGAAAGAGUUUCACUAGAAAUGAACAUCUUAAACGCCAUCAAAAAAUCCAUACAGGAGAGAGACCUUAUAACUGCCUGGAGUGUGGAAAGAGUUUCAGUCUGAAGGGAAGCCUUCAUACACAUCAAAGGAUCCAUUCAGGAGAGAAACCAUAUAAAUGCUUGGAGUGUGGAAAGAGUUUCAUUAGAAAUGAAUAUCUUAAAAGCCAUCAAAGAAUCCAUACAGGAGAGAGGCCUUAUAACUGCCUGGAGUGUGGAAAAAGUUUCAGUCUGAAGGGAAGCCUUCUUAGACAUCACAGAAUCCAUUCAGGAGAGAGACCUUAUAACUGCCUGGAGUGUGGAAAGAGCUUCAGUUGUAGGGGACACCUUUACAGACAUCAAAGAAUCCAUUCAGGAGAAAAACCCUAUAAAUGCCUGGAGUGUGGAAAUAGCUUCAGUCUGAAGGGAAGUCUUGAUACACAUCAAAGAAUCCAUUCAGGAGAAAAACCCUAUAAAUGCCUGGAGUGUGGAAAUAGCUUCAGUCUGAAGGGAAGUCUUGAUACACAUCAAAGAAUCCAUUCAGGAGAAAAACCCUAUAAAUGCCUGGAGUGUGGAAAUAGCUUCAGUCUGAAGGGAAGUCUUGAUACACAUCAAAGAAUCCAUUCAGGAGAAAAACCCUAUAAAUGCCUGGAGUGCGGAAGGAGCUUCAGUUGCAGCGGAAACCUUUAUAUACAUCAAAGAAUCCAUUCAGGAGAAAAACCGUAUAACUGCUACGAGUGUGGAAAGAGUUUCAGGCACAGGGGAAACCUUUAUAAACAUCAAAGACUCCAUUCAGGAGAAAAACCCUAUAAAUGCCUGGAGUGUGGAAAGAACUUCAGUGUGAAGGGAAGCCUUCAUAGACAUCAAAGAAUCCAUUCAGGGGAGAGACCAUAUAAUUGCUUGGAGUGUGGAAAAACUUUCAGUUGCAGGGGAAAACUUUAUAUACAUGAAAGAAUCCAUUCAGGAGAGAAACCAUAUAAAUGCCUGGAGUGUGGAAAGAGUUUCAGUUGCAGGGGAAGCCUUUAUAGACAUCAAAGAAUCCAUUCAGGAGAGAAACCGUAUAAAUACCCAGAGGGCGCAAACAGUUUCAGUCACACGGAAAGCCUUUAUAGACAUCAAAGCAUCCAUUCAGGAGAGAAACCAUAUAAAUGCCUGGAGUGUGGAAGGAGCUUCAGUCAGAGAGGACGUCUCAGUCAACAUCAAAAAAUUCACAGAGGAGAAAAACCAUAUAAAUGCCUAGACUGUGGGAAGAGUUUCAUUAGAAAUGAACAUCUCAAAAGCCAUCAAAGAAUCCAUACAGGAGAGAAACCAUAUAAAUGCCUGGAGUGUGGAAAGAGUUUCAGUCUCAGGGGAAACCUUUCUAGACAUCAGAGAAUACAUUCAGGAGAAAAACCGUAUAAAUGUCUGGUGUGCGGAAACAAUUUCAGUUACACUGAAAGCCUUUAUACACAUCAGAGAAUCCAUUCAGGAGAAAGACCUUAUAACUGCCUGGAGUGUGGAAAGAGCUUCAGUCGUAGGGGACACCUUUAUAGACAUCAAAGAAUCCAGGAGAAAAACCAUCUAAGUUCCUCGACUGUGGAAAAAGUUUCAGUGAGAGUUGAACCGUUUAUACACAUCAAGGAAUCUGUUUGGGACUAAAACCGUAUAAAUGUGUGGAGUGUGGAAAUAGUUUCAGUGAAAGGGAAAAGCUUUAUAAACAUCACAGGAUCCAUUUUGGAGAAAAACCGUAUAAAUGCCUGCAGUGUGAAAAGAACUUCAGUCAGUGGGGAAAUCUUUAUACACAUCAAAAAAUCCAUUCAGGAGAGAAACCAUAUAACUGCCUGGAGUGUAGAAAAAGCUUUAGUCAGGACAUCUCAGUCAACAUGAAAGAAUUCACCCUGGACAAAAACCGUAUAAAUGUCUGGAGUGUGGAAAAAGCUUCAGUGAGAGUAGAAGCAUUUAUUCACAUUAAAGAAUCCAAUCAGACGAGAAACCGUAUAAAUGCCUGGAGUGUGGAAGUAAUUUCAGUCAUAGGAGAAACCUUUAUAGACAUCAAACAAUCCAGGAGAGAAACCAUAUAAAUGGCUGGAGUGUGGAAAACAUUUUACUAAUAGUGGACAUCUCAGUUAACAUCAUAGAAUCUGCAUAGGAAAGAAACCCUAUAAAUGCAUAGAAUGUGGGAAAAGCUUCAGACAGACUGAAUGUUUCAGAGUUCAUCAAAGAGUUCACACUGGAGAAAAACCCUAUAUGCCUGAAGCGUAGAAAAGGUUUCAGUCAGUUAGGACAUCUCAGCCAACAUCAAUGAAUUCACACAGUAGAAAGACCGUAUAAAUGUCUGGAGUGCGGAAAAUCCUUCACAACAAAUGUAAGCUUUAACUAUCAGAGAAUCCAGAUAAAUGCCUAGAGCGUGGAAAGAGCUUUAGCGACAGUGGACAACUUCGUUGACGUGAAAGAAUUCACACUGGAGAAAAACCCUAUAAAUGCCUCGAGUGUGGAAAGAGCUUUACUGAGGGUUGCUCCCUCAGUCAACAUCAAAGAACUCACACAGGAGAAAAGCAGUAGAAAUGCCUGGACUGUGGAAGGAGUAUCAGUAAGAGGGGACUCACCUUUAUUGACAUCAAAGAAUCGGUUCAGGAGAAAAACCUUAUAUACACCCGGGGUGCGGAAGGAGGUUUACUGAGAGUGGACACCUCAGUCAAGAUCAAAGAAUUCACAAAAGAGAGAAACCCUAUAAAUACAUGGAGCGUGGAAAGUUUCAGUGAAAAGAGUACACCUCAAAGCUCAUCUGAGAAUCCACACAGGAGAGAAGCACUAUAGAUGAAUUAGAGGGUGGAAAAAACUUCAGUCAGAGGGGAUCUCUCAGAAGACAUCAAAGAAUUUGCACAGGGGAGAAACCGUAUAAAUGCCUGGAGCGUGGGAAGAGCUUUACGAAGGGUUGGCACCUCAAUAACAUCAUGAAUCCACAUGGGGGAGAAACCAUAUAAAUAUGUGGAAUGU